UAACUUAUGACUUAACUUAAAAUUAUAAUCAUUGUUGUGUGUCGUGUAAGUGAGUUGUUAUUUAACAAAAUUAAAUCAUCAAAUUAACGCGAUUUUAUAAAUAAAUAAUACCGACAUUUCAAGGUUAUGAUAACUGAGAAUGUGAUUAAAUUUAACCUACAGACAUUGGAGGUUUAUAAGAUAUAUGAAUAUCAUAUCAUAAUUAAUUAAAAAUAUUCAAUAAAAAGUGUUGUAUUGUAUUUAUUUAAAAUAAAUACUGAGAGACAGAUAUGAGCUCGCAACAGAGUCCAGCAACCAUGCAAACUAGUGUUGAUCGUGAAAAAGUUUACACAUGGAUUAUCGAACUAUCAAAUCCAGAGACACGUCAAAAUGCGUUGCUAGAAUUAAGUAAGAAACGUGAAGUCGUGCCAGAUUUAGCACCGAUGCUUUGGCAUUCCUUUGGCACAGCUGCGUCUUUAUUACAAGAAAUAAUAAAUAUUUAUCCGGCAAUAAACCCAGCAACGCUUACUGCACAUCAGAGUAAUAGAGUUUGUAAUGCACUAGCAUUAUUACAAUGUGUUGCUAGUCAUCCUGAAACACGUUCUGCAUUUUUACAGGCACAUGUACCUUUAUUUCUAUACCCAUUCUUACACACCGUCAGCAAAACACGUCCAUUUGAAUACUUACGGCUGACGAGUUUGGGUGUAAUUGGUGCACUUGUAAAAACUGAUGAACAAGAAGUGAUAACAUUUUUACUGACCACUGAAAUAAUUCCUCUGUGCUUGAGAAUAAUGGAGAGCGGAUCAGAACUAAGUAAAACUGUUGCCACAUUUAUUUUACAAAAAAUACUCCUAGAUGACAGCGGCCUGUCUUACAUCUGUCAAACUUAUGACAGAUUUAGUCAUGUCGCUAUGAUUUUGGGUAAAAUGGUACUCUCAUUAGCUAAAGAUCCGUCUGCGAGAUUACUCAAGCAUGUUGUUAGAUGUUAUUUGAGACUUUCUGACAAUCCUAGAGCACUCUUGGCGUUACGUCAAUGCCUACCUGAUCAAUUGCGUGACAAUACAUUCGCAACUUGCCUACAAGAAGAUAAAUCAACAAAACACUGGUUAAACCAAUUGCUUAAAAAUUUAGAAGCUGGUCCACCGAUAGCUUCGCAACCUGGACCCACUCAACCUGGGCAACCAGAUCCUAGGACAAUUGGUAUGUCACCUCUUACAUCAUAGUUUAUACGAUAAUUUUUUAUAAAUUAUAAUUAGUAUAUAAUAAUAAUGAUAUCAAGGUAUAGUAAUAAUUAGGGACAAGAUUUUUGCCUUAUUUUUUAAAUGAAUAGUUCAAAUUUUUGAUAUUACGGGGAAAAUAUCGGUCUUAGUAAAAAAGUAUUCGAACAAAAGUUGUAGGAAAUUUAAUUUUCUAAAUAAAAUGUCUCUUAUGAUUUUCUUGUAUGACCAAUUUUUUCACCGUAAUUCAAAAAUUAAGAGUCAUAAUGAAUGAUUCAAAAUUUGGGGAAUUAUGAAAAUCUUAAUUUUGAAAUUGCGGCUUUCUUAGUAGUCCUAAGAAAAAAUUAUAAGAGACAUUUUUUUUUAAAAAUUAAAUUUCCUACAACUUUUGUUUGAAAACUUUUUUCAUAAGACCAAUAUUUUCCCCGUAAUAAAAAAAAUUUCACACCACUAAUUAUUAAUUAUUUUUAAAUUAACGCAAAAAUCCUGGCCCUAGUAAUAAUGAUAAACUAUAAAUUAAA